GGGACUCUUCAGACUUCGGGCACAGCAGUGCAUGACACUGCUUACUCGAUCACAGACCAAGGCCAUGGACCGGAAGGCGGGAGAAUCCCUCCUGGCCUAUGAGGAACGCUUGGCGGCAUUCAUUCAGGAGGCCAACGAUAGGGCUGCCGCCGCGGCCAAGGAACGUAAGCGGCUUGAACAAGAGGAGGAGGCCAAGCGACGGAAGGAGGAACAGGACCGACUUCGUCAAGAAGAGGCAGACCUGCAGGCGGCARCCGAACACCGGUCACGCCAGCGGGAACGACUGUUCACGCGGGAGACCGUGAUCGGCGAUGAGGCCGCACAUUGGGUGGAAGAGGCAUCUGCAGACGGGGCCCCGGAGACUGAGAAAGGGCUGUCAGCCCUUGCGCAGGUCUCCCACGACCUCGUGGUCACCUGUGCUCUGCAGCAGGAGGAAAUCCUUCACCUGCACAAGACAGUGGACCAAAUGCUCGCACGGCUGCAGGCGUUGGAGAAACAGCCAGCUGCUGUAACAGCCGCAGGGCCUUCCAACCUUACCACCCGUGUGCAAGUUUUGGAGGAUGACGUCAGCAACAUCAAGCGUGUGCAUCAGGACUUCCGGACGUCGCAGCAAGCAACGAACUCACAGUUGGAGACGCUCGACAUGCACCAUGUCCCGAACAACGAUCGACAUCCGUGCUUGUACCACCGAUCUGGUGGUGCGUGUCAAGCAUGGCUGGACAACAUCUUGACCAGCCACGGCGUAGCAGUGUCGGAACUGCACACCAAGCUCACUUGGCAGGAGUUGACCGACACCUGGCACAAGCGAUUCCAAGUGGAGCCGCCCGAGCUGCAAGCGAUGGACAAGCUCAACAAGCUCCAUCAGAACACGCUGCUCAGUCAGGACUGGAUUACCGAGUUCCAAAGACUCGCCUCCACACCUGACCUGCCGCUCGCAUUCCGCACCAUCAAGCACUUGUUUAUCAUGCGCUCGUGUCCAGCUCUGCAAAACGCGCUGACGCAGAUUGCAGAGACACUCGACACAUUUGACAAGCUUUUCAACACAGCAUCACGGAUCAUUCUCACGAAUAUCGAAGCCCGCAACGCCGGCCGAUCUUCCGCGAUGACGAGUGGCACCCAGCCCAAGCCAAAGGUGGCUUGCAUUACUUCUACUGAGGCUGCAACACCAAACGAGGGUGAAGUGUUGGCAGCUGCCCGGGAUGGUGGCCGGCCGCGCAACAAUCACGGCCGCGACAAGACGAAGACUCAGUCCACCUCUACACCGAGCACCGGAUCAGCCGUGGCCAUGACCACUGAGUUUCGCGCUAUGUUGGACCGCUUCGUCUUGGUCUACUUAGACGACAUCCUCGUCUAUAGCCGAACUCUAGAGGAGCAUCUCGAGCACCUUCGCCGUGUUCUAGAGACUCUUCGGUCAGCCCGGUACAAAGCUAACCGCGACAAAUGCGAGUUUGUCCGGCAAGAGCUUGAAUACUUGGGUCAUUUUGUCUCUCCGGAAGGCAUUCGUCCGUURGCRGACAAGAUUCAAGCCAUCCAGGAGUGGCCCGAGCCGAAGAAUGUGACGGACGUCCGAUCCUUCCUCGGCUUGGCCGGUUAUUAUCAGCAUUUCAUCAAGAGUUACUCGAAGAUCGCRGCCAACCUAAGCAAGUUACAAAGCGAGGAGCGGCCUUUUGACUUCGAUGAAGAUGCGCGCCAUUCUUUUGAAACACUCAAAGCGGCACUCUUAUCCGCCGAGGUGUUACAUAUUUACGACCCGCUUUUAGCUACGCGCGUCACUACCGAUGCGUCGGGCUAUGGCAUUGGGGCCGUCCUUGAGCAGCAUGAUGGCACGGACUGGCACCUAGUCGAGUACUUUAGCAAGAAAGUACCUCCCGUGCAUUCGAUCGACGACGCACGGAAGAAGGAGUUUUUUGCCUUCAUCCACGCCCUCAAGCGUUGGCGACAUUUCCUCCUUGGUCGGAAAGCAUUYCGAUGGGUAACGGAUAACAAUCCGUUGGUAUUCUACAAGUCGCAAGACACGAUUAACAGUACCAUUGCCCGUUGGAUGGCYUUCAUCGACYAGUUUGACUUUUUCCYYGAUCACAUUCCCGRRAAGUCAAACYGUUUURCGGACGCCCUCUCACGGCGACCGGAUCUUUGCACCRCARUCUACUMUACCUUCGAGAUCGACGACGACUUGCGGGAGAGYUUCAUCCGCGGCUAUCAAGCCGACCCCCACUUUCGCGACAAGUACGCGAAUUGCUCCUCUCCGAAUCCGGAGCCUUCGCAUUAUCGGAUCCAAGAGGGUUACCUACUUGUGCAUUCACGGGGUAAGGAUCUUCUUUGUGUGCUGAAUGAUUCACACUUGCGCACACGGCUUCUUGGCGAGUUUCACGAUGCGCCCGCCUCCGGACAUUUUGGUGUCAACCGUACACUUGGCCGACUUCGCCAGCGGUUCUAUUGGCUUGACCUUCUCAAGGACGCCACCCACUAUUGUGAGUCGUGCGAAGUCUGUCGGCGUUGCAAGUCACGCAACCAUCGUCCGUUCGGCGAGUUACACCCAUUACCAGUGCCCCUUGGGCGACRGGAAGCAAUUGCUAUGGAUAUCACCGGCCCCUUCCCGAAGCACAAGACCGGCGUUGAUGGGAUCCUCACGGCCGUCGACCGCCUCACCAAGUACGCCAUGUUUUUGCCUUGCCGCUAUCACGCAAAGGCACCGGAGUUAGCCGAGGUCUUAUACACCGGUUGGAUUCGCUCCAAGGGCUACCCCAAGGAGAUCGUUUGCGACCGGGACACUCGCUUUAUCAUGUUUCUCCUCCGCAUGCUGGAAGAGGCGGCGUUAGAUGAACACAGGCAAUGGGAUGACCCGCCGUUCAUCAACAGCCUUGCUGCAGGGGCAAUCACAAACGACAGCAGCUAAGCAUCACAAGUGCCAAUAAACAGAAUUGAUCUAUGGAACCGCGCCAACAAAGCGCAUUAAAUUCG